GUCAAAGCACCAUGGGCGCACGAACUGGACCACAACACUGUCAUUACAAACCUGGCCUAUCAGAGACUGUUCUAGUCGAAUCACGUGGAAACAUCGACAGACUGAUAGGCAGGCGGAAAGAUGAGAGAGGAACUCAUGGCACUUCACUGAAGGAGAGGCAAGUCCGUGCGUAAAAACUUUAAAGUUUACCAAGCAGCUGCGCAACACCAGAGGAACCUGGGCAACAGAUUCCCUCGAGUGAAAACACUAAAAAACAAAAACAGCAACGGAGAGAGCCGCAGGAAAAUUGAUUGUAUGGCACCUCAGUCGUGCGUAAUGAAUCCUGCGCAGGGAUCGCCGCCCUCGGCUGCUCCAGGGGAGACCCAACCAGAGGACCGAGCCGCUGGUGGCAUGGGAACUGACGAGCUGGACCUGUCAUCUGUCAGAAGGUGUAAAACCAAAAGUUUAGAUCUGCCUUUCAGUGUGGAAUCCCUCAUAUCAGACAGGACGCCGGACCGAAGCCUCCACUCCCCGGGGCCUGGCUCAGGAUGCGUCCGGGGAGAGGAGACCGAGUGUGCGUCACCGGGGGGACUUUAUCGGUCCAAAACCGAAGCGGUGGACUUCAGCGACAAGGAGACGAGCCCUUGGAUUCAGACUCCUUACGCAUCUCCACCAAGACUCCCCAGCCCGCCCCCGUGCAAUCUACGGAAACACAAGAACAACAGGAAACCCAGAACUCCCUUCACAACCUCUCAGCUGCUUUCUCUGGAGAGGAAGUUCCGUCAGAAACAGUACCUCUCCAUCGCGGAGAGAGCGGAGUUCUCCAACUCCCUCAGCCUCACAGAGACCCAGGUCAAGAUCUGGUUUCAGAACCGCAGGGCCAAGGCCAAGAGACUGCAGGAGGCCGAGCUGGAGAAGUUCAAGCUGGCCGCAAAGCCGCUGCUGCCGGCCUUCGCCUUCCCCUUCCCCCUGAGCGCACCGAUGGGCGCCCCAUCCCUCUACGGGGCCCUGAACGGACCACGGCCUGCCUUACCUGUUCCAGGACUAUUCAGUGGACCAUAUGGGAUGUACUACUUGUCUUAACCCUCACUAACUUUGAACUGCAUCGUUGGGACAGCUGCCUUAAAAACAAAAAAAAUCUUCAUACAGCAAAUAAUCAACACUGCAAAAAAAUGUCCAUCUUAAAUCUGCCUGAUAUCUAAUAUUAAAAUAAUUUUAAAUAUAUUUCAUAAUAGUGAAAAAAUCUAAUUGAGUGAGAAGGAUAAUUUUCACACAAUAUAUGCAAUUUGUCUUCAUUUUAAGGAACACCUGGAACAAGUGAAAUACUUUCACUCCAUUGAAAUUUUUCAUAUUUUUUAAUUAACUUCAUGUUAAUUUAAAAUUGUGAAUGAUUUACAUUACGGUAAUUUAUUUAAUAACAUGGUAUUUUUUUUGCAGCGUAUUCAGUAAGAUCUUUUUUAUUUUUACUGACGGGCUCAUUUUUCGGAUUACAUUUUCAGAUAUAUGUAUUGUGAGCUUUUCUAUUCCAAUAGAGCUAUUCCGUAAUUACUCAUUUUAACAUCGCAAGAGAAGAUGGUUAGUUAUUUAAAAGGCCUGUAGUUUUGAGUUUAAAGCGAUAACUCGUGAUGACUCCAGGUGUCAUGUGAAUGUUUUAUGUUCAUACCAGAGGCCUUUAAAAAUGUCUUACCUUAAAAAAGGAUACAUAUUUAUAUUUUGGGGAAGAGCAUCAGCAUCAUUCAUCAUCCACAUUCAAAAAUACGCUUAUAGUUGAGGGAUUUAAUUAUUUAAUCAUUAAUCAUAGACUUUAUAACUCAAUCAGACUUUCUUUCUUUAAGGCGAAGGUGGAAGAAAAAAAGUUAGCAGCCACGACUGAUUGGUAUAUAUAUAAUUAAAACAAUGAUCAGAAGCUAUAAAGAGGCAACUUCAAAGUAAUUUAACAGAAAACACACACUGAAGGCUACAUUCAUAUAUAACUAUAUGCUGUGGGUCAUAAUAGCUAGUAAUCAAUUAAUAAGAACCAUUAUGGAAAAGACUAUGAAGAGCUCAUCACUGCCUUUUAGUUACUGGUGUAAUGAUAUGUCAUUAAAUGUUUUACUUUUGAAUUUGAAUUUACUUUUACAGUAAUAUCUAAAACACAAAACCUGUUUGUUUCUAACUUCUUAAUUUCCAGUUUCAGAAAUACAAAUGAACCAUGAUCCUGCUUUACUUUUGUCAUUUAAUGUUUUUUUAUUUUUUGUACAUUACCUCAAAAGGAGAACUUUUUUUGCACAGGUGUUCAAAGAGCUUCUUAAAAAGUCCAAGACCACAGCUUCAUUACUAAAUGUAAAUAAAAAGUCAUCAACUAUUUUUGCAAACACUCAAGUGCUAAGCAUGACUGAUGGACUCACAUCAGUCAUUAAUGUACAGUGUAUUUUAUAUCUGAUGGGUGAAAAGGUGUUUUGUACAAUUAUUAAAAUCUAUUCUGUAAAUUGUGA